AUGUCGCUGCGUCGAUUCGCCACUGUGGCACGCGGAAAAUACCCUCUGGGCCACCGUGUCCACGGGUUUGUGGUGCGCCGCGCGCUCGACGUGCCGGAGUUCAGCCUCACGGCCGUCGACCUCGUCCACGAGCGCACCGGCGCCAGCCACCUGCACAUCGACCGCCAGGACAAAAACAACGUCUUCAGCAUGGUGUUCAAGACCAACCCGCCCGACAGCACGGGACUGCCCCACAUCCUGGAGCACACCACGCUGUGCGGCUCCGAGAGGUACCCCGUGCGCGACCCGUUCUUCAAGAUGCUCAACCGGUCGCUCGCCAACUUCAUGAACGCCAUGACCGGCCACGACUACACGUUCUACCCGUUUGCCACCACCAACCACACGGACUUCUACAACCUGAUGGACGUGUAUCUGGACGCGACGCUGAACCCGCUGCUGUGCGAGGACGACUUCUACCAGGAGGGCUGGCGGCUGGAGCACGAGGACCCCAAGGACCGCGCCAGCCCGCUGUGUUUCAAGGGCGUGGUGUACAACGAGAUGAAGGGCCAGCUGUCGGACGCCGGGUACUGGUUCUGGAUCAAGUUCCAGGAGGCGAUCUACCCCUCGCUCCACAACUCCGGCGGCGACCCGGCCAAGAUGACAGACCUGGUGUAUGAGGAUCUGGUCGAUUUCCACGCCAGGUACUACCACCCGUCCAACGGCGCCACGUUCACGUACGGCAGCCUGCCGCUGGAGAGACACCUGGCGCGGAUCAACGAGAAGUACGCGCGGUUUGGCCGCCGGCAGCGGCGCCAGGACGUGAAGCAGCCCGUGGAGCUGCGUGGCAACACCUCGUUGCGCGUCGCGGGCCCCGUGGACCCGCUUCUGCCCGUGGAAAGACAGUACAAGGGCUCGCUGACGUGGUACUGCAGCCGGCCGGACGACGUGUACGAGACGUUUGUGAUGCGGCUCGUGUCGAACCUGCUGAUCGACGGCCACUCGUCGCCGCUGUACCAGGAGCUGGUGGAGACGGGGCUGGGCACCGACUUCAGCAUCAACUCGGGCAUGGACUCGAUGACAGACGUGAACAUGCUCAGUGUGGGGUUGCAGGGUAUGAGCGCGGAGACUGCUGCCAAGCUUCCCGGGAUCGUCAGAGACGCUGUGCAGCGGGCCAAGACGGCCGGAUUUGUGCGGGAAAAAAUUGACGCCAUGAUACACCAGCUGGAGGUUGGCCGGAAGGCCGAGAGCGCGUCGUUCGGGCUAAAUCUGCUGAGCUCGCUGGUGCCGGGCUGGGUCAACAGGGUGGAUCCGCUCGAGAUGCUCAAAUGGGACAGCGUGAUUGGCCGGUUCAGGCAGGAGUACGAGAGGCAGGGUGGCGCCAUGUUUGCAGAGCGCAUCGACAAGUACAUUCUGGACGCUCCGUAUUUCCACUACACGAUGUUUCCGGACGACGGGCUGGAAAAACAGAUUUCCGGCGAGGAGCAGCAGCGGCUGGCGAAGAAAAUUGCCACGCUGGACGAGAACGACAGGGAGGUGCUGUACAAGCGGGGGUUGAAGCUACUGGAGAACCAGAGCAGACAGGAAGACCUCUCGUGCUUGCCGACGCUGUCGACGGCCGACAUCAGCAGAGACGGCGACAGCGUGCGGCUGAACCUCAAAAACACCGGGGCCACCGAGCUACAGACGAGGGUGUCGCCCAAGACGAACGGCCUGACGUAUUUCCGGUCGCUCAAGACGGUCUCGUCUGACGAGCUGCCGCUGGAGCUGGUGAAGUACCUGCCCCUGUUCACGGACUGUCUGACGAACCUGGGCACGAAGAAGAAGUCGAUGGCGCAGCUGGAGGACGAGAUCAAGCUUUACACGGGCGGGAUCUCGCCGACGGUGUUCUCGCACAGUUCGCCCGACGACAUGGACACGGCGUAUCUGAAGUUUGGGCUGAACGGCGUGGCUCUGAACGGGAAUUUCGAGCGGCUGCUCGAUUUGUCGUACCAGCUGCUCGCAGAGACCGAUUUCGACAACCACGACAAGCUGAGCGUGCUGGUGAAGACCCUGACAAGCGACAACAUCAGCGCAAUCGUCAGCAGCGGCCACAGCUACGCGCGGGGGUACUCGGCGGCGCAGCUGUCGAAGGCCGCAAAGCUGCAGCAGCUGUUGGGAGGAAUAGAGCAGGUGUCGUUUUUGAACGAGCUGCGGGCGUUGGACGAGCAGAACCGGCUGGAGGAAGUGUCCACUGCCCUGAAACGGAUACAGAGCGUUUUGCUGGGGGGCUCGAACUUUAAGUUCGCCGUCACUACCGAUAGAGCAAAUGUGACCACACAGGAAAAGCUGGUUGCCCGAUACGGCGAGCGGUUCCAAUUGCGGCACGCUCCGGGCGCCUACGAGAUGGAGAUGCAGCAAACUGCGCAGGACAGAGUAGUUGAGAUUGCUGCCCAAGUGAGCUUUGCGGCAGCAGUGGCACCGGGCUCGUCGUACACCUGCGACGACGGCGCGGCCCUGCAGAUCCUGGCCCAGCUCAGCACGUUCAAGCACUUGCACAGCGAGGUCCGCGAAAAGGGAGGAGCCUAUGGCGGAGGCGCGACAUAUGACGCUCUCAACGGCAUUUUUGCGUACUACAGUUUCCGCGACCCGAAUCCUGCACGGUCGAUCGAGACGUUUGCGCGGAGCAUGGGGAAAAUAGUCGACAUGAUUGAGAAUGGGCAAAUCACGCCAGAAGACCUGGGACAGGCGAAACUGAGCAUUUUCCAGAACAUCGAUGCUCCAGUGAGCGUCCGCGGCGAGGGCGCCACGCAUUUCAAUUACGAUGUGGACGACGAAAUGAGACAAGCCCGCAGAGAGAGUCUUCUUGACUGUGACUUGCAUAAGGCUGCUAUUCUGGGACGCAAGUAUUUCCCAACACGGCUGAGCAAUACGAUCAUCGGUGCUGAUCCGGGCGUGGACUGGAUUAAGGUUACUUUAGGUUCCAGAGAAUAA